AUGUCUCCUCAAUUUAAUAAAGAAGAAGCAUGGUUUUUGGAAAAUCAUCCACAUAGUCCAACCAAACCCAGACCCGCUCAUGAUAUUGACUCUUAUAAUAUAAAUGAUAGUUCUAGAAGACUAUCAGAUCCAAGAAUUUCAACUACUCAUAUGUAUAGUUCAUUCCUUAGAUCAACUAAUCAAUUCAAUGAUGAUCCAUUUAGUGAUGCAUUUGGAGAAGACUACGAUACAUGUGCUGAAUCUUUUGGAAUGUAUCAACAACAACAACAACAAAAACAACAAAACUACGAAUCAAACUUACAUAACUCCCAAUAUUCACCAAUACAUGAAAAAAUGAAUCCAUAUACUAAACCCAAUGAAACUUCCAAGAAGACUGGCAGGCCCUAUUCUCAAGGUGGAGAUGAUACUAGUACUCUUGAAGAACAACCGGAAUUGCAGAGACAAGAUAGGUGGUUUUCAUGGUUGUUUUCAAAGCAAAUCCCUCCAAUACCCAGUGAUGAUGAAAGGGAAUUUUAUCCUUGGAAAAUAUGUUCUCCAUUCAAGAGAUUGGGGUUUUGGUGGUUAUGGCCAAUAAUCAAAAAGGGAUAUUUAAGAACCUUACAUCCUGAAGAUUUAUUUAAAUUAACUCCAGAAUUAACAGUGGAAGAAAUGCAUCAGAAAUGGGAAGCUCAUUUAGAUACCAUUUUACAGCUGGCUAAAUUUAAUCAUUUGAAAGAAAAUCAUGAUUUAUCUAAUUUUGAUUGGCCCACUUAUGCUAUUCCCUAUGCUUUAUUUUUGACUUUUAAAUGGCCAUAUUUGUUUUCAAGUGCUUGUUUGGCCCUAGCAUUUGUAUGUACGACCACUUCACCAUUAUUAACUAGACAAUUGAUUGAUUAUGUCCAAUUCAGAUAUUUCGGAUUAGAAACCACUUAUAAUAAAGGUAUCAAAUACAGUGUUCUUUCCGUUUGCUUGAUCUUUAUUAAUGGGUUAUUAUUGAAUCAUUUCUUUCAUAAUGCCAUGAUUGUAGGUGCACAAUCAAAAGCAGUGUUGACAAAGGCAUUAUUAACCAAAUCUUUCAAAUUGAGUUCAAAAUCAAGAUAUCAAUUUCCAGUUGGGAGAAUUACAUCUUUGAUGAGUACUGAUUUAUCGAGAAUAGAUAUGGCUAUUGGGUUCCAACCUUUGAUUUUCUGUUUUCCGAUUCCAAUUGUUAUUUCGAUAGCAUUAUUGGUGAAUGGGAUUGGAAUUGCUUCAUUGGCUGGGAUUUUCUUAUUCAUUGUUUCAUUGUUUGUUUGUGCUGGUUUAACUAGAGUGUUGUUCAAGGCUAGACAACAAGGGGUCAAAUAUACCGAUGAAAGAGUUUCAUUAAUGAGAGAAAUAUUGAAUAAUUUGAAGAAUAUCAAAUAUUAUGCCUGGGAAGCAGCUUAUAAAUUAUCCAUUACCAAAGUUAGAGAAAAGGAAAUGAAAUAUUUAUUUACGAUCAAAGUAUUGAGAAAUUUCAUUACUGCUUAUGCUGUUACAUUACCGGUUUUAACUUCAAUGAUAUCAUUUGUGACGAUGUGGGCAACUGGUUCAAUGAGAUCUCCUGGUGAAGUCUUUUCUUCCUUGAGUUUAUAUGCUAUUUUAGCCCAAGCUAUUAUGUUAUUACCCAUUGCUUUAGCUACUGGUGCUGAUGCUUUGAUUGGUUUCACUAGAUGUAGACAAUAUUUAUCAGCUGAUGAGUUUUCUUAUGAAUUGAAUUAUAAUUUAAUGAAACAAGAGAAAUUGUUUUAUACUGGACAUGCCGUGCCUACGUCUUUGAAAGGAAGUGUUAUUGAAGUUAAACAUGCCAAUUUUGAAUGGGAAGCUUUUGCUGAUGAUUUAGAUUCUGAAUUAUGGGAAACCACAAACAAGAAGAAGAACAAGAAAUCUAACAAGAAGAAGAAGGAUGAGAAGAGUCAAUUUACUUAUGAAGUAGACAGUGCGGCAUCGUCCUCAUCAGAUACCCUUGAAUCGUCAUCCAUAUUUUCUUCCAAAGUUCAAUUUUCUGGGUUGCAGGAUAUAAACCUCUCAAUCAAGAAGAGUGAAUUCAUUAUCAUCACUGGUCUAAUCGGUUGUGGGAAAACUUCCUUACUUCACGCAUUAGCAGGUAUAAUGAAAUUAAUCAAUCCAGGAACAGGUUCAGUCAAGAUCUACGAUGAUGUAUUAUUAUGUUCUACAACUUGGAUCCAAAAUGCCACCGUUCGUGAUAAUAUCAUAUUUGGGAAACCAUUCGAUAUCAAGAAAUACAAUAAGGUACUCUAUGCAUGUGCAUUAUAUGAUGAUCUUAAGACAUUACCUGCUGGUGACAUGACUGAGAUUGGUGAAAGGGGGAUUACGUUAUCUGGUGGUCAAAAGGCUCGUAUCAAUCUUGCUAGGGCUUGUUAUUCUGACGCAGAGGUUUUGUUGUUGGAUGAUGUCAUAUCUGCUGUUGAUUCCCGUGUUGCAAGACAUAUUGUGAAUGAAUUGUUUAAGGGGUUGUUGAAGGAUAAGACUAUUGUUUUGGCUACUCAUCAAUUGGGGAUUUUAGGUUUUGCUGAUAGAGUGGUGUUUUUGAAUAAGAAUGGAACUAUUGAUGUUGGUGGUGUUGGUGAAUUGACAAGGAGGAAUUCUGAUUUCAGAAGUUUGAUUGAGUAUAAUAGUCAAGAGGAAGAAGGUGAUAAGCCAUUGGUUCACAAAGCUACUACUAAGAAAGAAUCUGGACCAAAUGAUGAUGAAAUUGUGAGCAGUUUAAGUGAUGGUAGAACAACAUCUGUUGAAGAAACUCCAGUUAAUGCAAUCUCAUGGGAUGUCUAUAAGAAAUACAUUCAAUUAGGAUCAGGUGUGUUUGGCAGGGCUGCUGUUCCAGUGUUACUUUUGGUGAUCAUUUUUGCUACUUUCUUCCAAGUCUUUACUAAUACUUGGUUAUCAUUUUGGGUUGAACACAAGUUCAUUGGUAAAUCUGAUCAUUUCUAUGUUGCAAUUUAUGUCUUGUUGGCUGUGUUAACUGUUGUAUUCACCGCUAUUGAAUUUACGAUGUUGGCAUAUAUGCAAAACACUUCAGCUGAAAUCUUGAAUGUUAAGGCAGUUGCUAAGAUUUUACAUGUCCCAAUGAGUUUUAUUGAUACCACCCCUUUAGGUAGAGUCUUGAAUAGAUUCACUAAAGAUACUGAUGAUUUGGAUAAUGAAAUUGGUGAACAGAUGAGAUUGUUUAUUUUCCCAUUGGCUUUAAUCUUUGGUAUUAUGAUAUUGUGUACUUGUUAUUUACCUUAUUUCGCUUUGGCUGUUCCAUUCUUGGCUAUUGGGUUUGUAUUUUUGGCUAAUGUCUAUCAAGCUUCUCUGAGAGAAAUCAAGAGAGUGGAAGGUGUUCAAAGAUCGAUGGUUUAUAGUAAUUUCAAUGAAACUUUAACUGGUAUGGCUACUAUUAAAGCAUAUGAUGCUGAAGCUGACUUCAUUGCCAAGAAUGAUUAUUAUAUCAAUAAGAUGAAUGAAGCAUACUUUUUAUCUAUUGCUAGUCAAAGAUGGUUAUGUGUUCAUUUAGAUAUGCUUACUUCAAGUUUUGCGUUGAUAAUCUCCAUGUUAUGUAUUACUGAACAAUUCAAGAUCAGUGCAUCAUCUACUGGACUUUUAUUAUCUUAUGUGAUUCAAAUUGUUGGUGUUCUUUCGUUGUCGGUUAGAUCAAUGACUGAAGUUGAAAACAAGAUGAGUUCAGUUGAACGUAUUCAUGAAUAUGCUUUCCAUUUACCACAAGAAGCUGCUUAUCAUAAGGUAGAAUGUCAACCUCCUCACCAAUGGCCUUCUGCUGGUCAUAUCAGAUUUUGUGAUGUUCAUCUUAGAUAUAGAUCCAAUUUACCUUUGGUUUUAAAAGGAUUGAAUGCUAAUUUCCUUCCUGGUGAAAAGGUUGGUAUUGUUGGUAGAACCGGUGCUGGUAAAUCUUCAAUUAUGGCUGCAUUAUAUAGAUUAACUGAACUUGAAAAAGGAAUGAUUGAAAUCGAUGGCAUUGAUAUUUCACAAAUUGGAUUGCAUGACUUAAGAUCAAAAUUAUCAAUUAUCCCACAAGAUCCAGUUAUAUUCCAAGGAACUAUUAGAAAGAACUUGGAUCCAUUCAAUGAAUAUGAUGAUCAUUUAUUAUGGGAUGCAUUAAAGACUGCUGGAUUAAUUGAUGCUGGGGAAUUACCACAUGUGAAAUUAACUAGCGAGGAAACAAGAAAUAGAGCUGGACUCGAACAAUUACAUAAAUUCCAUUUAGAUCGUGCUGUUGAAGAUGAUGGUAAUAAUUAUUCCCUUGGUGAAAAGCAAUUGAUUGCAUUGGCUAGAUCAUUAGUACGUAAUUCGAAUAUAUUGGUGCUUGAUGAAGCUACUAGUUCUGUUGAUUUUGAAACUGAUGCUAGGAUUCAAAAUACUUUGGCUACUGAGUUUAAGAAAUCUACUGUUUUGUGUAUUGCUCAUAGAUUGAAGACUAUUUUGAAUUAUGACACGAUUAUGGUGAUGGAUCAAGGAAAGAUUGUGGAGAAGGGUGGACCAUUGGAAUUGUUUAAUCGAAAUGGAAUUUUCAGACAAAUGUGUGAAAAAGCCAAUAUCAGAGUAGAGGAUUUUUAG